AUAUUUUCAUUUCUUCAUGUUUUCUACAGUUCUUUUCCCUGAAGUGGGGGGUAGAAGUCUGGACUCUCAACAUUCUUAUGUUGUUUCAUAUGGUGGAGAUGAUGGCGGUGGCAGACCUGGUUGUUCAUAUGAUGGAUAUGACAAUGGCCUAGAUAUACAUGUGGAGGACUCUCAUAUUACACUAAAUGUCUGCCUAGGCAAACAAUUUACUCAUGGUCAAAUGUUGUUUGUUGGUAGUCGUUGUGGGACCCAUGUUAAUUCAGAAGCACAACCCCAGGAAAUAUUUAUGUAUUCUCAUGUUGUUGGACAAGCCUUGCUAUACCAUGGUCGCCAGCGACAUAAAGUAUGCCCAACAUGUGGAUUUAGGGCUAACAUGAUCAUGCAGUGCAAAAGUUCAUUGUUCAAGGAGGUGACAAAAUGCAAGCUAGAUUUUCCUGAUUGGUGCAUCGAAUGCCUAAAAGAAAACAACGCGUGCAAACAUAAUAUACCGAUACCAUGA